AUGGCACUCCUCAAAUGCAUUGACAUGGGUUUAAUUGGGAUUGAUGAUGGCGUUUUAGAUCAUUUACCCGGCCUAGCCCAGGAAGAAGUUCGACUUAAUCCUAAUGAUCCAAGCUCGGCUACGCAACCUCGAGUUGGCGAUAUUACUGUUCGCAAUCUCCUCACUUUUACAGCUGGAAAUGCGUACCCUGUAGUAGAUAUUCUUGCUGCUAUAAAUCCGGAAACGAUUAUUACCGACCCAAAGGCCUUUUUCCCAACUAACAAAAGCGUUUACGAGGGUUCACACGCAGCCAACCCGAACCAGAUUUGGCGCUAUGGCGCUGAAGCUGAUUAUAGUGGUCUGCUUGUCGAGGCCCUGACUGAUGUAAGCUUGGGCCAAUUCAUUCAAACCUACUUGCUAGAUCCUGCAGGAGUAGAGGCAAAAGACUUUACUUUUACUUUGGAUAGUGAACAAAGAGCCAGACUCGUGGGCCAGCAUGUCAGAGCUAGCCCAGAUAUGCUUAUUCCAAGAGCACCGAUCUACGACGAUGCACACAUUCAAUUUGAAAGCGCAGGAGCUGGAGGCUUUGGCACUAUCAACGCCCUUGGGCAAGCUCUUCUUCCUCUUAUUAAUCAAGGAGUCCAUCCUCAGAUGUUUGCUCCACAACUUUUUGAAGCUGCGGUUGAAAACGGCCUUAACCAACCAUCUCAAGCCUCCAAUGACGGCGGGGUUCUAUUUCCAGGGACACCCAAGCAGUGGGGUCUUGGAGCGCUGCUUUUUCCAGAGGGAUUCGAAACUGGCCGAGGAAAGUUCACCUUGGCUUGGGCUGGAUUCACUAACGUGAAUUGGCAUUGCGAUAUAGAGAAGGGCGUGGUUAUGCUAGCCUGGAGCCAGGAAAUUCCGCAAGACGACCCGAUUUAUAAUAACCAAACUCGAUAUCCUAUUGAGAAAAGCGAAGAGAACCGGCUCCUGUACGAUGACGGAAAUGGGAUGCAGUACGGCAGCUUUGGCGACGCCGCGCUCAAUGGAGAAGGCGACUCUGCAGAGGCCCAGCGAGAAAACGAGGCGCUGCAGAGAGUAGUCGCAAAGACGUCCAACAACAUGGUCGACAUCUUCGAAAUCGCUCCGCAAGACCCCAUCGGCCGAACUUCGACGACGACGCUCUUUGCUUACGCUGGCCAAGGCGCUCGGGUGGCGCGCUACCACCAUCUCGUGUCCAAACUCAGCACACAAGAGGAUAGCCCUCUCGCCGGUAUCAAAGUUGAUUGGCUUGCCGACGAGGAUGCCGCCGAACUACACGGCGAACGCCCGGCCAGCCUAAGAACGCUCGACGACGACGAUGCGGCACUUGUUGGGACUUUUGCAGAUGCGGCCGCGGCCAUGAAGUAA